GGCUACAACAUGUCUCUGGCUUACCUGGAGACUCUGGCUGACCUGCCUUGGAACCGGCACUCGGGGCAGCAGGCGGCGCCGCCGCCGCCCGCCGCCGGCGAGGCCCUGCCGCUGGAUGCGGUGCGGCUGCGGCUGGACGAGGCGCACUAUGGGCUGGACAAAGUGAAGGAGCGUAUCGUGCAGUACGUGGCGGUACAGCGUCUCAGGGGCUGGGAUGCGCGGGCCCCCAUCCUGUGCUUCAUCGGCCCGCCGGGCGUGGGCAAGACCUCGCUAGCUCGCUCCAUCGCAGAGGUGCUGGGGCGCCCUUUCCAGCGCAUCAGCCUGGGCGGGGUGCGGGAUGAGGCGGAGAUACGGGGCCACCGCCGCACUUACAUCGGAGCCAUGCCGGGCCGCCUGAUCCAGGCUGUGCGCAAGGCGGGUGUGCGCGACCCGCUGCUGCUGCUGGAUGAGGUGGACAAGAUGGGGCGGGAUGCGGCGCGGGGAGACCCCGCCGCCGCGCUGCUUGAGGUGCUGGACCCGGAGCAGAACACCGCGUUUGUGGACACAUACCUGGGCCUGCCCUUCGACCUCUCCGCCUGCCUCUUUGUGGCCACAGCCAACCGCGGCGCCGACAUCCCCGCGCCGCUGCUGGACCGGCUGGAGGUGGUGCAGCUGGGGGGGUACACGCGGGAGGAGAAGCUCGGCUGGCGGCGGGCUGCCGCCGCGCCUGCGCGGCACGCGGCCGAUGGGCCCCACCUCUGCGGCCCAGGCAGCAUGCAGGUCGUGACCCCGUCCCGCGCGGGCGCUGCUGUGACGGCGGCAGCGGCGGCGGCCGCCGCGGGCUCGCCGCCCUGGUGGGCCGUGGCGGCGGCGGCGGCGGCGGGCCCCGCGGUGGCCGCCCGGCAGCCGCAGCUUGCGCAGCGGCUGGCCCCGCUGGCCCUGGACGUGCUGCCGGGGGCUGGCGGCGAGGAGCUGCCGCCCAUGCCGCCUCACCCACACCUGCGCCAGGUGGUGGUGGAUGAGGCGCUGCUGGCGUCGGUGCUGGGGCCGCGCCGCUUUGAGGGGCACAGCAGCGCAGAGCGCGUGGCCGCCCCCGGCACCGCCGCGGGCCUGGUGUGGACUGCUGUGGGGGGCAAGGUGCAAUACAUCGAGUGCAUCUGCGUGGGGGCGGCGCCCGCGGCCGGCGGCGUGUCCAGCCGUGCGGGAGGCCAGCUGACGCUGACGGGCCAGCUGGGCGAGGUGCUGGAGGAAAGCGCGCGCAUCGCGCUGUCCUGGGUGCGCGCCCACGCCCCUGCACUGGGCCUCCCUGGCGACGCCUCCUGCCCCUCCCGCAAGUGGGAUGUCCACAUCCACCUGCCCGCAGGCGCCGUGCCCAAGGACGGCCCCUCUGCCGGCAUCACGCUGGCUGUGGCUCUGGUGUCGUUGUUCACCGAGCGAUGCGUGCGGGCGGACGUGGCCAUGACGGGGGAGCUGACGCUGCGGGGGCUGGUGCUGCCUGUGGGCGGCGUCAAGGAGAAACUGCUGGCGGCGCAGGCGGCGAGCAUGGCGUGCGUGCUGGUGCCCGCCCGCAACAUGCCAGACGUGCAGGCGGAUGUGCCGGCUGAGGUCCGCGAGAGCCUGGAGGUCGUGCCCUGCCAGCGGCUGGAGGAUGUGCUGCAGGCAGCCUUCGACCCACCCCUGACCCUGAAGCAGCAGCUCCUGCUGGCGCGUCUCUAGGCGAGGCCGCCGCAGCAGCAGCGAGCCCCGCCGCACCCCCAUUCAUGUUUUAUGUCCAACCACCACCCCCCAUUCUGAACAAGCCCGCCAGUGCAAGCAUGGCGCACCGGCGACCAAGCCUUUUCUUGUACCACAAGCCAUCGCCAUUUCCUGUACCUCAGCAGUUUUCACCGCCGUCGGGGGGGGCGCCCCGCCCCCGAGGCGCCUCCCUUGCGCGGGUUUUGUUUCAUUCGGGGCAACGGCCCUCUUGCACCGGUGCAAGAGGGUACCCUCCCUCCUGCACACAUAAACUCACCCCCUGAUCUCGUUUCGUGUCUGAAAGCGUUAUGCUUUUCAGCCUUGUAGCCGCUGAUUGCCCUCCCUGCCAGCGCAGAGCGCUGUGACCACAGCAGCUCGCGGGGCGGCGGUCGUGCUGGCGUGGUGCCUACCUAUAUCGUUAGAGCAUUAGAGCCUUUCCUGAUUCUCUGCAUCAACUCCCCCUGUAGCUCUUGUAAUUUCACUCGUGCUC